UCCUAGGUGAGAGAGGGGGGCAAGUGUAGUCAGGAAGCAGUACCUGCUGGAGGGGCGGGGGUGCUGGGACAAUCCAGCUCACCUCUUGUUUUCACCCGCCGCUCCUACCCCAUGCUGCUCAUCCUAGGUCCCAGUAAGAACUCAGUCUGGGUGCCAGUUUAAGGGGGUGACCAGCAGAUAGUGAAAAGUCUGCCUACCCCUAAUAAACACUAACUCUCCAAAAAAAAAUAAAGAACAUGACUAGCAGCUUAAAGGAGUGCCUCCCAGGUUUCCCCUCCUACUGUUCUCGGGGAGAUUGGGCACUGGCAAAGCCACUGGCCCAGGACAGGCCGGGGCAUUGGGGGCGGGCUCGCGCCCCCUCUGGCGGCCACACGGGGGACCUCGGUCGCGGGGAGGAGAGGGGGCUGCCCCACCCCCUCCAACAGGAGCCAAUGGGAGGCUGAGGCCCCGCCCUCCUCUGGGAGAGUAUUUAGAAGCUGACCAGGGAAGCACUCGGAGAGCUGGGGAAGCCAGAGGAGGGAUUGCGGAGUGCAGCCCGACGCCAAAUCCCGCCCUGGAGCCGGGGGAGCAGGGGCGGUUGGCGUGCGGGGCUGAGCCCACAACCAGCAGAAGCGGGUGAGUCCCGGCGCGGCGUGUCCCGCACAGAGCUGCCCCGUCCCAGCCCCCGGCAGGCGCCACCAUGGUCUGGCUGGUGCUGCUGGGCUCACUGCUGUGCCUGUCGCGCGUCGGGGUGGGCAGCCUGGGCACGGAGGGCUUCCUGCCCUCCGGGCCCCGUAACUGCCCCUACAGAUGUGUGUGCGCCGCCGACCUGCUGAGCUGCGCGGGCCUGGGGCUGCAGGACGUGCCGGCCGCGCUGCCCGCCGCCACCACAGACCUCGACCUGAGCCACAACGCGCUCCAGCGCCUGCGGCCCGGCUGGCUGACGCCCCUCUCCCGGCUGCGCGCCCUGCGCCUCGGCCACAAUGAGCUGGACGCGCUAGGUCGCGGAGUGUUCACCAACGCUAGCGGCCUGCGGCUGCUCGACCUAUCGUCUAACGCGCUGCGGGCGCUGGGACGCCACGACCUCGAAGGGCUGGGGGCGCUCGAGAGGCUGCUGCUGUUCAACAACCGACUGGCGCACUUGGACGAGCUCGCCUUCCGGGGCCUGGGCGCACUCAGCCGGCUCUACCUGGGCUGCAACCAGCUCUCCUCCUUCUCCUUUGACCACCUCCACGGCCUGGGCGCCACCCACCUCCGUACUCUGGACCUCUCCUCCAACCGCCUCGGCCGCAUCCCCGUGGCUGCCCUGGCUGCCCUGCCGGCCUUUCUCAAGAACGGCCUUUACUUGCACAACAACCCCCUGGCCUGUGACUGCCGUCUCUACCACCUGCUGCAGCGCUGGCUCCAGCGGGGCCUCAGUGCCGUCAGUGACUUCGCCCCACAGUACAUGUGCCUGGCCUUCAAGGUGCCCACGUCCCGCGUGCGCUUCUUUGAGCACAGCCGGGUCUUCGAGAAUUGCUCGGCCGCCCUGGCCGGGGGCCUGGAGCGGCCCGAAGAGCAGCUGCACGUGCAGAUGGGUCGGCCCCUGAGGCUGCGCUGCAACACCAGCGCCCCGGCUGUGCGCAUCGCCUGGGUGUCCCCAAAGCAGGAGCUGCUCGUGGCCCCGGGGUCCCGAGACGGCAGCAUUGCGGUGCUGGCCGACGGCAGCCUGGCCAUCAGCAAUGUGCAGCCGCGGCACGCGGGGCUCUUCGUGUGCCUGGCCGCCGGGCCCCGCCUGCACCACAACCAGACACACGAGUACAACGUGAGCGUGCACGCCCCGCGCCCGGAGCCCGAGGCUUUCAACACGGGCUUCACCACCCUGCUGGGCUGCGCCGUAGGCCUGGUGCUCGUGCUGCUCUACCUGUUCGCGCCGCCCUGCCCGGGCUGCCGCCGAUGCUACCGCCGCACCUGCCGGCGGCACUGCUGGCCCCGCGCGCCCAGCCCCCUCCAGGACCCGAGCGUGCCUGACGUGCCCAGCCGCAAGGCCAGCGUCCACAAGCAUGUGGUCUUUCUGGAGCCGGGCAGGAGGGGCCUCAACGGGCGCGUGCAGCUGGCGGUCGCCGAGGACUUUGAUCUCUACAACCCCGUGGGCCUGCGGCUCCAUGCUGGCUCCGAGUCGGCUAGCUCCACGGGCUCCGAGGGUCUGGUGAUGACCUAGGCUGCCUUGGGCUCAGAGCCAGGCCAUCGACCACCCGCUGCUUUGCCCCGCUCCCUGCUGCCGCCCGGACAACUGCCAGAUGCUGGUGGCGGCGCUGGGCUUGGUCCUCCAGCCUCCUGUGUGGCCUCGACCUCAACUACAGCAGCCCCACUCGCUGAUGGAAGGGCUGGGCUCUCCGCCCUCUCUCCUCCUCUGCUCUCACACAGGGCCCAAAGGCCGGAGACCCCCGCAGGACCUGCUGGUGCCCAAAUGUCCCACAAGGCCUGGAACUGGGGCCAUCUGGAAGAGCCCUUGCGUUAGAGCCCGAGGCACAUCCUUAGGGGCCGAGGCAGCUAUCAAGCAGUAGUGGCGAAGAACUGAAGCAUAACCAUCUUCCCCUUCCCAGUGGGGCAGGAAGAGAGUGGGCGCCCAGGGGAAGAGGAGGAGAGCGCCAAAGGAAGACCUAGGCCCCCACCCAGGGUGGAAGGAGGAAACCCGCACCAACAUCUAACCUCCUUCAAGCUUCACAACUCCAUGCAGUCUGGUGGGCAGGCAGAAAGGCAAGAGACCCCUCCCCGCCACCCCUCGGGGGUCCUGGCCCGAGCCCCAGGCAGAGCAGCUUUGCCAUCUCUGGCCAGCAGCAUCCACAGGCCACUCUGAGGGCAGGGCCUCUUCCAUGGGCUCACAAGACAGCAGUAAGGGCCACCAGGGCCUGUCCUCCAGCUUUUCAGCAGUAAAAAGCCUGCUGAGCAUGGCCAAGAUGGGAGGGCUGAGCUGGAACUCACUGUCCCUCGAGGGUAGAAGCCUCUUAAGGGCUGGCACUGGUCUCGGCCUAAUGGUUGAGGCCGUGCCCUGGUCUUAUACGCAUCUUACCACCCACCGCAGGGAGGCAGGGAAGAAGGGUCUGAGAACCCUCCUGUGUGGGUGCUGAGCUGGGGGCUCCUACAAGCAUCCUGGAUCCAGCUGUCAUGGAGUUCCUUAAUAAAGGUGGUACAUGCUCAUUACCAGA